UUUUGAUAGAGAGAUUCGACGACUCCGGGUUAGUAAUUGCUAACAUGAGCGAAGUGAGAUCCAGAAAGGGUAGGAAAGUUACAAAUGCUUGCGAUAGUUGCAAAACUUCCAAGCAUAAAUGUAAUGGACUUCAACCUUGUAAUAGAUGUAUAGAGAGAAGCAACGCUUGUACUUAUCAUUCGAUUGAUAGAAGAACGAUUAGAGGAAAGAAGAAGCAAGGGAUACAGCCGACACAGUCACCCCCUAUCCCGGUCCAAGCAGGGAUUAAGAAGAAGACCAAUGAAGGUAAUUCGAGGAUCCUACCUCCGAUAUCUGAGAUGUUAAAGAGUAUAUCGAGUAAUUAUGAUAUUAAUCGGUUGAAUUAUGAUACCAAAGCCAUUAACAUAAUAUCAAUCAAUGAACGAUUCUUAAGAAAUCCAAGUAUUCCUACGUUAAAUCCAAUAAGUUACCCUACGCCAGCUACUCAAACACCAAUACCGACAAUGCUACCAUUUAGUCGAAACUCUCCGUUUUUGGGCACUCCAUCUUCAGAGCUUUCUUCGAUAUUUGAAAUCGAUAACGACGAUAACUUACUAUGUAAUGCCGCCACCGAUUCUCUAGCUAUAUUACAUGAAACCAAGUUAAUUUUUAAGAAUAUUAUGGGAUAUACAGAGUUCAAGGAUGUUUAUGUUUUCCCAGUUGAGGAUAGCCCGAUACCUUACGAUCCAAAUAAGAUAUUGGAUCCAAUGCCAUCUAGAGAAGUUUGCUUGAGGCUGUUUUAUCUAUUUGAAGUUCAAUUUAAUUGGCAAUAUUUUGUUCUUGAUAAAGACUGUUUCUUUAAUACAGUAAUGGCGAAUAACCAAGAUCCAAAAUUAAAAAUUUUAAUCUAUUUAGUAUUAGCAAUUGCUGCUUUAAUGGAAAAUACUAAUAAUCGUCAAACUCAUUAUUCCAUUAAUUACUUCCAGAGCGCCUUAUAUUUACAUAAUAAUCUACCUGAUGACGGCGAGAUUUGGUUGGUUAAGUCAAAUUAUUUACAAGCAUUAUACUAUAAAUUCAUUGGUAGACUUAAAACGUCGUGGUCAUUACUAAGAGCUGCAAUAAAAUAUUCUGGUUCUAUUAAGUUGGAUAAUGAUAAAGAAUCAGUUAAUAAGUAUAAUAAAAGACUUUUAACCUCACUAUACGUUAGCGAUAGAAUCUUUUCAGUGAUUGCCGGUAAACCAAUGUCAUUUGAAGAAGAAGAUUCUGUCUUAUUCAAGGACGAUAAUAUAAAGAAGGAAUUUGAUCGUUUAGAUCCAAAUUUAAUUUAUUCAGUCCCAAACAAAAUCACUUAUAUUUUUGAUCCUGACGUAAAUGAUUCGUUCAGAGAUAAAUUGGAUUUUUAUUCUUUGAAGAUUUUCCGUAUCAUGACCAAGAUUCUUAAUUUAUAUCAUAAAAAGGACCCUUUCAAUUUCGAUACUUUGAAAAAUAUAUCACUUGAGUUAAAAGAUUAUUUAUCCAGUUUACCACCUGAACUUCUAGUUGAAAAUACUUCAACUGGUAAAUCAGUUCUAGAAACAAAACAUCGUUAUGCCUGCGUUUUUCUAAGUGCUUCCCAUAUAUACGCUAUUAUUCUAAUGAGUCGUCCAUUCUUAUUAUAUGAAAAAACUUAUCAAUACAUUCCAAAUGCAAACAACCUAAAUUUCGAUUUAAAGUUCAUCAAAGGUUUUAUAGAAACAAGUAUCAAAAGUAGUACUCUAAUGCUUAUCGCUACUACCCAGUUAGAUGAUUCAGAUAUAAGAAGAUUAGAAUCAAACGUUAGACUUAACUGUGCUUUCACUGCUUGUAUGACUUUAGGUGUUGGUUUAUUAGAUCACUUAGAUGAAAAACUAAUCAAAAUUUUAAGAGUUGCAAUUCAAUUUUUCAAAGAAUACGAAAGAAUUUCACAAACUGCUAAUUCUUAUGCAACCAUUGUCAAUGAGAUGAUCAACUCAAUGUAUUAUUUCCAUAAUUCAAAUCCUUGUGAUUUGAAUAAACCAAAAAAAGAAUUCUCUUCAGGUUUUAGUGAUUUAAAAGUAGAUAGUUUCAAAGAUCUUGAUUCUUACCACAAAAACUUACUAGAAGAUCAAACCAAUUUGCCUUCCCUAGACCUUCCAUAG